AAAGCGUAAGCAAUUUGUGACAUUAACGUCUGUAACGAUACAGUUACGAACUGUCUUUGCCAGUGAAUUAAAAUAAUAAUAAAAUGACAGAUAUCGUGUGGGACCGACGAUCAUUAUACGUUUACGCGCAGACAGAAAAGGAGAGGUUUGAAGAAAUAGAAAAAAAGUAUAAGCAGUUCAUAGCCUGCUUGGACGACGUGAACACGGUACCAAUAUCCGUGUUCAAUCUGAAGCCUAAACAGAUCGAAGAGCUACAGAUGAUCAGAGAAGUGAGCAAGGAGUUACAGAAGAAAAAGGAGGACGACAUUAAUAAGGCAGUAAGUAUUGGUUUUUAGUGUUCUUGACAGAACAGACAAUAGUUUCAACUAUUGUCUAGAACACAAAUUCGGCUAAUCUUUACGUAAUAAUUGCAUCUCAAUAGAAUCACAGCCUCUUUGCCCUUAUUUUGCCAAUAUACUAUCUAUCUGAAAUCCAAUAUUAUUAUAUCUAUUAUAUUUGUGGAUUUUUUUAGCAUUUUUCAUUAAGAAUAUUUUUCAGUAUAGCAUUGUGAAUGCGGGCUUGAUCAAAUAUAAUAAUUAGAACAAAUUUUCGAAAGUAAAAUCGAAAGUUUAAAUAUUUGUAAGAACAUUUCUUUUGGCUGUUUGGGUGGAUUGCCUGAACUACGCGAAAAUGAGAAUACACUCUGUAGUAGCGAAAAAGUAAUCCUGGCUAGCUUAGUGGUUAGAGCAGUCGCCCGGAUGCGAAAGGUCAUGGGUUCGAACCCCAUCUCAGUGUGCCGGGGACCAAGUGGAUUAUUAAACAUUUUUCAUUAAGAUUAUUAUAUCUGUUAGCAUUGAUAUGUGAGGUAGACAUUGCAAGUCGUUGAGAUA